UGCAUUUCAUGCUGCAGGGUGAAUGGCGACGGCGAUCUUCUCCGGAUUCACACAUGCGAACCUGACAAACAAGAUGCGGACCAUCGUCAAAAACUGCGUGAUUAUAUCGGCGGUAUUAAUAUGUCUGGUCCCGUCUGGAAACACGGGGAAAAAGGUUUUUAAAUGCCCGUCCCCCUGUAGCUGCUCCAAGGAGUCUAUUAUUUGCGUCGGGUCCUCUAAUGUCCCUCGAUUCAUACCCAACGAUAUCAGUUCACUGAGUAUUGUGAAUGGUACCUUCUCUGAGGUCAAGGAGGCGAUGUUCGCACACACGCCGUCCUUACAGUUACUGUUGCUUAACUCCAAUGCACUCACUACAAUUAGGGACGAUGCAUUUGCUGGUCUUGCACACCUGGAGUACCUGUUUGUUGAAAACAACAAGAUUGAGACAACGUCAAAAUAUUCUUUCAGAGGACUUAGGGAUUUGACUCAUCUGUCUUUGGCAAAUAACAAGAUUAAAGCUUUGCCACGAGAUCUAUUUAUUGAUCUGGACUCAUUAAUAGAGCUAGACCUGAGGGGCAAUGCUUUUGAGUGUGAUUGCCGAGCGAAAUGGCUGAUGAUGUGGCUAAAGAGCACUAAUGCCACUGUAUCAGACGUUCUCUGUGCCGGCCCUGAGGAGAUGAAGGGUAAACGGCUCAAUGACAUGGCAAGCUUGCAUAAUGAGUGCAUCUCCACAGAUUUUAUCCCCCUCCACGCUGUUUCUACUGAGUCUUUGUCUGUGGACACAUUCUCCCACAAGAAUGAUGUGUAUGUGGCCAUUGCUGCUCCCAACAUAGAGAGCUGCAUGUUGCUCCAAUGGGACCACAUCGAGAUGAACUUCAGAAGUUAUGACAACAUCACAGGUCAGUCUAUUGUUGGCUGCAAGUCUGUGAUUAUCCAGGACCAGGUCUUUGUAAUUGUCGCUCAGCUCUUUGGUGGCUCUCACAUCUAUAAAUUUGAUGAGGACCAAAGCAAGUUCACAAAAUUCCAGGACAUUGAGGUGUCUAAGAUCUCCAAGCCAAAUGAUAUUGAGGCCUUCCAGAUUGGCACUGACUGGUUCUUCAUCAUCGCUGACAGCUCUAAGGCUGGUCUAUCCACACUCUACAAAUGGAACGACAAGGGCUUCUACUCCUACCAGUCCCUCCAUGAAUGGUUUCGGGAUACUGAUGCAGAAUUUGUGAAUUUGGACGGCAAGGCGCAUCUUAUCCUAGCGAGCCGUUCCCAAGUUCCAGUCAUCUACCAGUGGAGCAAGAGCUCUCAGAAAUUUGCCUUGCAGGGGGAGAUCCCCAACAUGGAGGAUGCAGUCGCUGUCAAGGCCUUCUGGAUCAAAGAGGAGCUGUAUCUGGCGAUGACGAGAUACAUUGGUGACUCCAAAGUCUUGCAUUGGACUGCUAAAGAGUUCUCUGAGGUUCAGGCCCUCCCAUCAAGGGGAUCCAUGAUCCUACAGCCUUUUUCCUUCAAAGAGAGGUACUAUCUGGCUCUCGGAAGUGAUUAUACAUUUUCACAGGUCUAUCUGUGGGAUGCUGAGCUGAAGAAAUUUGAGCGUUUCAAGGAAGUCUAUAUCCAGGCUCCACGUUCCUUCACUGUGGUCUCCACUGACCGGAGGGACUUUGUAUUUGCCUCCAGUUUCAAAGGCAGCACACAGAUCUUUGAGCAUAUCAUCAUUGAUCUGAGCCUUUGAGUGCUGAUGUGGACACAGUAUAGGUUGGAGCAAAUUUGUGCUCAGCACUGCCCUCUUGUAGAUGGAGAUUUUUCUGGGUGUUGUGACAAGGAAGGUCUGAGAACCAUAUUAUGGCAUUAUCAGGCUUACAGUAAAUUAGGACUUCAUAUGUCAUUUUACAUUGAUUCUUGGAGGGCCCUGACCUUUUUUGCUAUACCAUAUUAGAAUGGUUAUAUAUUAAAUACAACAAUUCCACAGCCCCAAUAAAUCAGACAUUUCUUCCAAACUUGGUGCAUGGACUGCUGAAAAGAGUUGCACUUGUUAUCUGUAUCUAAAUCACUCUUUAUAUCAAUAUAUAACAUUUUAAAAGUCUGUUGCUUAUAUCAUGCAUGAUAUGGCUGCAAAUAAAUAAAUAAAAUAAAAUUAAAAAAGCUAAAUUUUCAGAGCAGGCAUGCAAAUAACAUUUGAAAUAGACAUACAGAUGGCAAAUGCAGUUCUAUUAAAUUUAGGAACAUUAAAGACCUUACCUAGGGCUGUUUACUGAUACAGAUUUCCCAAUUCGAUUCUGAUUCACAAGCUUUCGAUUCUGAUUUUGAUUAGUUUCAAAAUCGAUACAUAUGGAUAUAUUUUAUUUACAAUGGCCAUUUUGUUGACAGAUUAAUUACAUUAUCUCUCUGCUAAUGGUGUUAAUUUUACAGGGGACCUUCUAACUUGGUGUAUUAUGAAGUUAUUAAUUUAAAAAGAAUUAUAUAUUUCAUCAUUCAUUUUUCAAAUUUAAUGAAUUCCAUCAAUAAAUAUGAUGUCUUAAUCUAAUAUAUUAUAAAUUGCACAUAUUAUAUUGUUUAUACACUCACUGAUCAUUUUAUUAGGAAGACCUGUACACCUACUCAUUCAUGUGAUUAUCUCAUCAACCAAUCAUGUGGCAGCAGUACAAUGCAUAAAAUCAUGCAGAUACGGGUCAGGAGCUUCCGUUAAUGUUCACAUCAUCUAUCAGAAUGGGGAUAAAAUGUGAUAUCUGUGAUUUCGACCGUGGCAUGAUUGUUUGUGCCAGAUGGGCUGGUUUGAGUAUUUCUGUAACUGCUGAUCUCCUGGGAUUUCCACACACAACAGUCUCUAGAAUGUACUCUGAAUGGUGCCAAAAACAAAAAACAUCCAGUGAGCAGCAGUUCUGCGGACAGAAACCCCUUGUUGAUGAGAGAGGUCAACGGAGAAUGGCCAGACUGGUUUGAGCUGACAGAAAGGCUACGGUAACUCAGAUAGCUCUGUACAAUUGUACUGAACACAUCAAACCUUGAGGCAAAUGGGCUACAACAGCAGAAGACCAUGUCGGGCACUUUAUUAGGAGCAUAGUGUUCCUAAUAAAGUGCUCAGUGAGUGUAUAUUUUGUUACAUGUUUAUUGUUUACAUGCAUAAUUUGUACAAUUUGCAUAAUCCAAGCAUCUGAAACCUUUUGAAUUCAACAGUGAAUUUUUUACUUUAAGAUAAUAUGUGAAUUCAAAAUAAAUUUAA